UUCGCUCAUUUAAGCUCAGAUUUUUCUGUCUGUAUACAAAGCAUUUGAACAGCAAAAAAUCAAAUUAAAAUUCCUAGUAAUUAUUGAUAAAAUGUUUUCUUUCGGUUUGCAGCGGUUAAAUUAAUUAAUGCAACAUAUUUACACUACAACUACACCUACACAUAGCCUAUAGCCCACACUAUAUGCAAAAAUAUUUGAAUAUUCCCCCCCGAACGAUCAAAACAAUUACCUCAAGCUGUUCUCUGGUGCAAACGACGCUGUGUAAGUAGAGGGGGGCCUCUGCGGAGGAUUGUUCAUGGUUCUGUCUCCCAAACUGAACUCUCAGAAACUCUGUGCUGCUGCCCGAUGAGCUGUUCUCGGCAUUCAGUCGCUUUCUGGGAAACGAGCUGAAACCGAACGAGCAGCAAUCGACCAGGCCCGAGGCGGACAACCCCUGCCCUGGCCAUAGCAACAAUAUCGCAGAGACUGAUUGCAUGCGCAACUGUCGAUCCACUAUGCGGUCCAGCUCCAACAUUGAACUGAAGGCUUGCUGCAAGCGCUGUCAGCUGCCCAAUCGUAGGCCUCAGAGCACACAGAGCCGCCCCAUGCAGAAUGGCCCCAGGCCCAGAUCCUACAGCAGCAACGUGUCGCCACAAAGGUUCAAUCUGGCCCCGAGGGACACCAAGGACACGUCAGAGCAUGCGAAUGUCCGUGACAGCCGACCCCGUUUUCUGCAGGCCGUGCAAUCGUUUAGCUUGGAGAUACAACGCACAACCCAAGCCGCACAUUUACCCCUCAGCCAGCACAGUCAGCCGCAGCCUCGAAGUUGCCCGAAAACCUGCACUGCCUAUACCCAACCCAAUCCCAAUGCCAAUGCCAACAUGAAUGAAAGUUCAGGUGUUGGCAUGAACUACGGUGAGUGGCAGCAGAGGGAGCAGCAGCAGCAGCAGCAACAGCAGCCACAACAACAGCAACUGCCUCCCUUGUUGUUCAACGAUGACUCCCACAGCAGAUUUGAACCCGAUCUCAAUAGCACGCAGCUGGCUCCUCGGGUUUGCCGGGAAGCCUGUUGGGGAGAGUGCAACAUCAGCAACAUGAACCAGUCACCCCAGUCGGCCGGGGUGCCAGCGUCUUUUGGUUCCCCGCCAAAGCAGCCUAAGCAGCAGUAUCAGGGCAAUUUUCCCCCCUUGGAGAACGAUGAGUCCUUCGACAGCUUUAAACCCGAUCUCAAUAGCACGAAAAUUGGUGCAAUGGAUUGCAAGCAAACCUGUAAGGGACAGUGCAGUCGAAGCAGUCCAGAGUCUUUUGGUACCCCGAAGCCGCAGCAGCAGCAGCAGCAGCAGCAGCAGCAGCAACAGCAGCAGCAGCAGCAGCAGCAGCCACAGUCGACUUAUCCCUUGAUGCACAACGAUGAGUCCAGCGACAGAUUUGGGCGCGAUCUCAAUAGCACGAACAUGCGUCCAUUGAAUUGCCGGGAGCGCUGCAAGCCGCAGUGCAAUUAUGUGGCCUCAUGUGGCCGACCACAGCAGCCACAGCCACAGCCACAGCCAGUGCGGGCUGCAGAGUCCUUUGGAACUCCCCCGCAUCAGCAGCAGCAGCAGCAGCCAAAUUAUCCCCUGCUGCACAACGAUGUGAACAGCGAAAGAUAUGAAUUUGAUGUGAAUAGCAUGAAUAUCGGUUCGGACGUUUGCAGGGAAAACUGUAAGGAAGAGUGCAGUCGAAACACCAUGGAUCAGUCGGUACAGUAUCCCGAGUCCAUUGAUACUCCGAGGCAGCAGCAGCAUCAGCAGCAGCAGACAACUUUUCCUUUGAUGCACAACGAUGUGACAUGCGACAUGCGAUUUGAACCCGAACUGAAUAGCACGAAAAUAGGUCCAGUGGAUUGCCGGGAGCGCUGUAAGCCACACUGCAAUCGCGCCCUUUGCCGUCGCCCACAGCAGCCAGAGCCAGCACGGAGUGCAGAGCAGCCCGAACGCAGUUGCAUACAGACAUGUACGGCACAGUGCAGUCGAAACACCAUGAACCAGUCGCAGCAGCAGCGAGAACAGCAGGCAAAUUUUCCCUUGAGAAGCCACGAGAACAGCGAAAGAUUUCCCGAUGCCAGUUGCACGACGGUGGGUAGAGAUGUUUCCUGGGAAGCCUGUGUGCCGACUUGCCUUGGAAGCUGCAGCCGCCUGCCGCCGUCACGGUCACAGCCGCAGUCCAUGCGCAGCCCAGCGGCUCUCGGGCAAAUGUCAAUGCAAACUUCGGCUGAGCUUCCUCGAGGCGAACAGAUGAGCUGUGGCACCUCCGUACAGAAUGAGACGAGCUUCCAGCAGCUGCCAUCGUCCGUGAAUGCCCCUUUUUAUGGGGACCGAUCUCAGCAGACCAGCCAGCAUUAUCAGCCGCCACUACCGCCCCAGAGGUCGCAAGCGCAGCAGAGUCAGAGUCCAUAUCUGGGUGCACCGUUGCCACCUAGCCAGCCGUCGCUUUGUGAGUCGCAUUGUCCGGCGCUGCAAAGGUCUCAAACCGCGAGAAUACAGCUGCAGCAGAGUCCUCCACAGUCUGAGGAUAUCUUCAAGGACGUUGAACCUUUUGACCAGCCAGCGACGCCAGCACAGAGGCAAGCACAGCAGUCGGAUAUAACAUUUGGAGGUGUUCAGCGUAUGAAUCAGACGUCGCGCUAUCAGACGGCUUCGCCCAUGGAGCAGCGCAGCAUGAACCAGUCGCCCUUGGAGCAGCGCAGCAUGAACCAGUCGCCCAUGGAGCAGCGCAGCAUGAACCAGUCGCCCAACCAGGCGCCACCCUGCUGUAGGAAUGAAUUGUGCCCCACGAAUCAAGGUUCAUUCUAUCGGAGCGUUGAAUCAGAGUCCACGCAUCAGAUGUACGGCGGUCCAGCCAGUGGUCAGGGAGACCUGAGCACACCACAGGCGCAGAGUACGCCAUACAAAGGGAGUGCGCAACCAGCACAGAAUACCAGCCAAGGCGGACAACCAGCACCACAGACAACCGAACAGUCAUACGGCAUGCAUUCGGACAGAUUCAAUGCCGAUGCAACAGUGACACUGCGGUACAACAAUCAAUCGCGCGGUCAGGGCAACAGGUCGUAUGCACGCAGUGCACCGCACCCACAGCCAGUGCCAUAUGGCGGUAAGGAGCCGACCAUGGACUUUACCCAGACGAUCGACUAUACCGAUCGAUCCGGUUCGGAUCAGACUUGCUUUUGCCCGCCCGCUAAUAGCACAGCAGAGGAAGGGUUUGCCGUGCGCACCAGAGAACUGUACUUCCAGGCCAUGGUCAAGGAGAGCUGUUGCAACGAUGUCAUACAGCAGACACUCAAUGGGCGCGAGAACUUCAACGAUUAUGCCUAUGAGAUCGCCUUCGCCGGCGUGCUGCCGGAGAAGCUGGGCCUCGUCGAUCCCAUCAGCAUGCUGGAGGCCAUCAAGAUGCGCAUCGAGUAUGAGCGGGAGGAGAUUCGCAAUAAUUAUGGCACUAAGGAAAGCUUCAGCCAGGCGGAAAGAUCCGCACAGGACAGAACUCGGUCCAAGGAUCGGUCGGCAAGACAGGACUCCAGCCAGCGGCCGGUGAUCUAUACGGCAGACAUUGACCAGCAUUUCAAGACGAAGAACCCAUCUGAAGUCAAUCAGAGUUUGUGCGCCUACUUGAAGGCCGAGAACGACUAUCGCGCCAGCGCUCAUUCGGAUUCGCUAAUCAACUCCCAUAGAACGCAACUGAUUUCAAUGCGAGUGUCCAUUCAUUUGAGUCGAAGUUCUUCAAUGACAGCAUUCGUAUGAAUAUUUAUUCGGCCACAACGGAUCCGAAUCAUUGAAUCGAAUGCUUGAACGGGGGCUCGGCUUAGUCACUCAUUCCAAUUUUAACUUAUCAAAGGAAGCAAAUUCCAUUACUGGUAAUGGUACGAGUAUUGCCGCAUCGAUGAGGUAUUUUAAUGGGGUUGUGUAAAAAAUGACCCCAACAAUCUAUCAUUAAUCGGUUAGAACUAUAGAAUAUGUAUGUGUCAGGCAUAUAGCCCCCAUAAAAUUAGCACGUUUGAUCGAUCUUUAUCGACAAAAAGUCACCACAUCAUCCUCGUAUUUCAUGCGUCAGAACCUUCCGAAAUCAUUUUAUCGCCCCCUAUUUAUGGACUCCCUGACCAAUUAAGUAAGCAAAUCCAAGUCAUAAAUAAAAUAUUUCGUAAUUUCAAUU